CGCACACACCUCACCAUUUUCAGGCCGGGUGCUGACGUUGAUUCGCAAGAGACUGAUGUUUAUUCUCCUCUUCUGGAAAGCAUUUAAUUUUAUCAUGCGACCUCCGUGUCAAUAACCUAUUUGGACGUCGAGUGUGAGUUCCCUAUGGCUGUGUAUGAUGAGAACCUGCUGAGGAACCCUUUCUACCAGGCGCUAGAGAAGCAGAGGCCAGACCUGUGCAGCCGCGUGGCAGAGGUGCACGGAAUUGUGCUGGUGCCGUGUCAGGGGAGUCUACAUGUCAGCACGUACACAGCAGCCCAGUUUGAGGGGUACGUUCUGCAGCCCGCGGAACAGGGCUACCAGACCCUCGACGGGAAGGAGGUGUCCAUCCAGGACAACCAGGUGACGCUGGGAGCAGGCUUCCAGUGCACUGCCUCCGUGCCCAUCCUCUUCGAGGAGACCUUCUACAACGAGAAGGAGCAGGCCUACAGCAUCCUAUGCAUCGCCCGGCCCCUGGAGGCCCACCAGAGCCCAGUGGACACGAGUGUUGUCCAGACGCAGGGCCAGUACUGUUUGAAGAAUGUGGAGGACGUGAAGGAGUUUCUGGGCCGCCAUGCGGAGCGGCUGGACAAGUUCAUCACCAGCUUCGGCCACAGCUUCAAGGAACAGGAGAGGAAGGGACUACGCUACCACAUAGACUCGGUGAACGCCCUGUACACUAAAUGCCUGCAGUGCUUGCUGAGGGACUCACGCCUGAAAAUGCUCGCCAAACAGGAGCUCCAGAUGACUCUUCUGAAGCAAGCGGUCGAGAUGUACAUACAUCAUGGUAUCCAUGAGUUCAUCUUUAAUUACGUGGGAAGUCUUGAAGCAAGUCAGGACGCUGCGUUUAACAAAACCACGCGAGGCCUGCAGGAUCUGCAGCAGAAAGACCUCGGUAUCAAAUCUGAGUUUAGUAUAAAUAUCCCGCGGGCGAAGCGAGAGCUGAGUCAGCUCAACCGCUGCACGUCUCCCCUGCACAAGCUCCUGUGCCUGAGGAAGGUGGCCCUCACCAUCAUGCAGUCCCCCAGCCCCACAGUGAGCCUGGACGCCAUCUGUGCUGAUGACCUGCUCUCAGUCAUCCUGUAUCUGCUGGUGAAAACAGAAAUCCCAAACUGGAUGGCCAAUCUGAGCUACAUCAAGAACUUCCACUUCUGCAACUCCAGCAAGGAUGACCUGAGCUACUGCCUGACCUCCUUUGAGGCGGCCGUGGAGUACAUCAGCCAGGGCAACCUCAGCCAGGGCCUCACGGGGCCUGGAGAUCUCAAUAACCAGCUGUUCAUCCGGCAGAAGAUGAGUCUGCUCUCUCAGAACGCUGCUACCGCCAUAGACCACCUGUUUGAGCACGUUGCCAGUGGUAACGAGGUGGAGGUGCAGCGUCUGCUGAGCGAGAGCGAGAGCGAGGAGGACGGUGUCCAGAUGUGCCACCCGCUCUGCUCCUGCGACCGCUGCGAGCUCCGCCUGUCAGGGAGACUGAAUGACCCCUCCAUCAUCACCCCUUUCUCCCGAGAUGACCGCGGCUACACCCCUCUCCAUGUUGCUGCUUUCUGCGGUCAGUCCUCGCUGAUCGAUCUGCUGGUGUCCAAGGGGGCGGUGGUCAACGCCACGGACUACCAUGCGCUCACCCCCCUACACCUCUCCUGCCAGAAGGGCUACCAAGGAGUUACGCUGCUGCUUUUGCACUACAAGGCCAACACGGACGCUCAGGACAAUAACGGGAACACCCCGCUACACCUGGCCUGCAUGCACGGCCACGAGGACUGUGUUAAGGCGCUGGUGUACUACGACCUGCACACCUGCCGCCUGAACAUCCAGAACGACAAAAGGGACACUCCGCUGCACAUGGCGGCACGCUGGGGCUACGAGGGCAUCAUCCAGGUGCUGCUGGAGAACGGAGCCUCCACCGCCAUCCUGAACAAGGCCAAGGACACGCCACUCCAGUGUGCACUCAACUCCAAGAUCCUGGCCCUGCUGGAACACACAUACAACGGCAGCCAGAGGAAGGACGGCAGCAUGGAGUCUCCUAGUCGCUCUCCUCAGCCGUCGGACUGCAGUAGCCGGCGCUCGUCCAUCUCCAGCUCCUCGUCUCUGAGUACGGAGCCCCGGCCAGAGCCGGACCGCACGCGGGACCGAGAGGUGGAGAAGCUGCUGAGAGCUGUAGCAGACGGGGACGUGGAGAUGGUGCGCUACCUGCUGGAGUGGCUGGAUGAGGAGCCGGAGGAGGAUGAGCCGGCUGUGCCCCCAGUCCAGACGGAGCUGUGCCACCCCUUAUGUCAGUGCCCACAGUGUGAACCCACACAGAAGAAGCUGGUGAGCCUGCAGAGUAAUGGCGUGGGUGUGAACAGCAGCAGUGCGGACGGCUUCACUCCGCUGCAUGUUGCCGCGCUGCACGGGCGCGGUGCCCUGGUCUCCCUGCUCACCCGCCACGGUGCCAACAUCAACGCCCGCAACAGCCAGGGCGCCACGCCGCUCCACCUGGCCUGCCAGAACAGCCAUGCACAGGUCAUCGCCGCACUGCUGGAGUGCAACGCCAAGGUCAACAAGAGGGACCAGUACGGCAACACGGCCCUCCUCCACGCCUGCCUGAAGGGACACCUGGACACGGCCGCCGUCCUGCUCAAGAGCUGCGCGUCCGUCAACCUGGUGAAUAACCAUGGCAACACUGCGCUGCACGAGGCGGUGCGCGGGGGACACCAGGCGCUGGUGGAGCUGCUCCUCCAGGAGGGGGCGCUGGUGCACCUGAGGAACAAGAGGCAGAGGACCCCGCUGGACUGCGCACAGGAGGUGGGGGGCAAGAGCACAGAGAUCCUGAAGAUGCUGCAGAGAGCUGCAGGCCACGCCCCUGAAGUUGCGGACCCAGGAAAACUGCCCAAGGGAACUCUGGCGCACUCAUUGGUGCACAGACUGAAACAGCAAGAGGAUGCCAACAACAAGAGACUAGACUUGCUUCAGUCCUUACAGAGCAGGACUCCCACGGCUGUGUCCCUGGACCGGACCAGAUCCAUCAUCAACUCCCCUCUCCUAAGCAGGGCGCCCGACAGGAGGAGGCUGCAGCGGGGGGAGACGGUGGAGACCAGCACCCCAACGGUCACGGGCGCCCCGGACCUCGGCCACCGCAGCCAGUCCUCCACCCCCCCACCGGACAACGGCACCAGCAGGAGCAGCCUCACCCGCAGCCACACCGUCCACCAAGACCUCUCCACGGACCCCUCUCUGCCUGGCCACCCAAGCCCCACUCCUGCCCACCUCUCUGAAGCGUCACCUGACCAGUCACAUGACCAGUCACAUGAGCCCCCGCUGGACCCUCCGCAGGUCAACGGGGACACGAGGGAGGCCGAGGAGGAGGAGGAGGAGGAGGAGGAGGAGGUGCAGCACAGGACCAAUGGGUCCCCAGAGACACAAGCAGCGUUAAAGGAAAUGGAUGACCUUUGACCCCUAAAUGACUGGGAGAGCCGUUUGAGCCCUCUGCCCCCUCUUAGUGCUCUGGUGUGAGACUGAUCUGAGAGGACCUGCCCUGGCUGCAGCGCUCUAGGGAGAGGUGCAUGAAGUUCACCUGAUGGAGUAGGAUGCCACAGGGGCCCAUCACGAGUACUGGUCUGGGCUUAAGUGAUUAACACUGAGCACCGAAGGGAUUUCCAUACUAAGUAAUGGGCAAGAGGGUAGCAUAUGAGAGAGAGAGAGAUGGAGAGAGAGAUGGAGAGAGAGAUGGAGAGAGAGAUGGAGAGAGAGAUGGAGAGAGAGAUGGAGAGUGAGACAGAGAGAGUGAGACAGAGACAGGCAGAGAGAGAGAGACUGGGAAGAGGACUUGACAGAGGGCUUCACUUUGUGCACUUUUGAGUUCCAACUGUUUCAUCAUAUCGCCACAAGUUGAAAAGGGAAAUGUUCUUGGAAAAUCAGUAUUUGUGUCUUUAUUUUUGAUAACACUAGCCAAGCAAAACUUGUUAACUCCAAGGACAGACCUGACUAUAGUAUCAUUCUGGGAGUCGGAAUACUUGAUCGGUCUUACCGUGUAAUUUGCACAUGCAUCUGAGUGUUUCUUAUUAGUUGAUUUGAAUUUAAAAAACUGUUCUUGCUAUUAGUUUUCUUGUUAACACUUAGGUUGAGUUGAGAACCCUCAGGAGUUCCUUGGUGAUGAUGUUUCUAGAAGUAAACUGCUAUGCAUUUUCUUCCCGGAGGAUUAGAAUGUAAUCCUUGUCUUCGCGUUCAUUUUAAAAUGUAAUUUAUUUCCGUCUCAGCAUUUUGUCUUCGGCUGUAACUGUAACAGUUCUGUUCCUGUUGUGCAUCGUUUUCAUCUUCAUCAAGAUAGCGAUGUCUCAGCGCACACCUGUUCCUAGUGACACCUUCUGACAGGUGGAGUCAUCUCCACCACUUUGUUGCCACGGCCACCACUAUGACGUGCUUUGUUCCUCAAGAAAGACCAUUUUAACACCGAGCUGGAAGCAGUAGACUUAACCACAUAAAAAAACAGUAAUCCCAGUGGUGCAAGCUUGCGUUGCAUGCACAUAAAUUGUCAUUAUUUCAUAAUGGCUGGAUUUUGAGUUUUUUUGGGUCUUGCAAGCCGUUGUUAUCUGGAUAGAUAAGCACACAAUGAUUGGGCUGAAAACAUCUGCACAACAUGUUUUACUGAGUAUAAUGUAAUAUCAGAUUUGAGAAGAGCGGGAACAAGGACCUGAACAACACACCAUCUUACCGUUGCACUCACUGACGUAAAAAGUCUUAUUAAUGUACUUGCCGUACUGUAGUAGUUCUCCUACUCUAGCAGAAAAGAUAGACUUAAUUCCAAUACAAGAUCUCUCAACUUGAUGUCCUGAUUUGUUGUGUCCUGGUGUUUAUUUGCAUCUUCAUAGGUUUUUGCUGGUCUAGAAAAACUUGCCGGAGUUUCCAACUUUACUGCUCACUGUUGUGUUCCCUUGCAGCUUCACAGAAACACAAUAAAGAUGUGCUUUCACCAUGA